UGUCUGUUUGGGCUUGACAGCUGUGAUCUCACUGCUGUAGUUAGUUAUCAUGACCUCUCCCAAGGAGCCAAAUGCGCCGGUGAAAGUGACUCAAAAGCCAGAAGAGCAGGAGCUGGUGGGCAGUGCACCUCCACAGAGGAACUGGAAGGGGAUAGUCAUCGCCCUGCUGGUCAUCUGCAUCAUCUUGUCUCUGAUCGUCACCGCUGUCAUCGUGCUCACCCCAAUUGCAGAUGAUAGCCUUGCCCUCAAGAAGAAAGUCACCAUUGAGGACGUCUUCGGAGGAGAUUUUCAUGUGCACGACCCCGACGCUACAUGGCUCAGUGACAAUGUACUGCUGUAUCGAACACAAGAAGGGGAUGUGGUCAAACUCAACGUCGAAACACAGGAGAGGGUCGUUUUGGUGGAGAACAGGAAGUUUGAAAUGUAUAAAGCCACCAAGUACCAAAUAUCUCCAGACCUGGAACAUGUGUUGUUGGCCUACAACGUGGCCCCAAUCUACCAGCACUCCUACAUGGCAUUCUACAUCAUCUGUAGUCUCAUCACCCCGGAAACGUGGAGUCUGAAUCCUCCUGAGGUACGGAACUCCCUCCUGCAGUAUGCUGGAUGGGGACCCAAGGGCCAACAGUUGAUCUUUAUCUUUGAGAACAACAUCUACUACAGAGCGACAGUGGAGAGCAGAACCAUUCGCCUGGUGUCCACAGGGAAGGAGCGAGUCAUCUUCAAUGGCCUGAGUGACUGGCUGUAUGAAGAGGAGAUACUGCAGACCCACAUAGCCCAUUGGUGGUCUCCAGACGGUCUCAGACUGGCCUAUGCCACCAUCAACGACACCCUGGUGCGCAAGAUGGAGGUCCCCAUCUUCACUGGCGCCCUGUAUCCAACAGGGCUGGAGUGUCACUACCCUAAGGCUGGGGAGGACAACCCUGUAGUACACCUGUCUGUGGUGAGUCUGAACGGACCCCUUCACACGGUGGAGAUGAAGAAGCCAGACGACCCCAGGAUAGGAAGAGAAUAUUACAUCACAAUGGUAAAGUGGGCCACCAGCACCAAGCUGGCAGUCAACUGGCUGAACAGAGCUCAGAACAACUCCAUACUGACACUGUGUGAGGCCACCACAGGAGUGUGCACCAAGAAACAUGAGGAUGAAAGUGAGGGCUGGCUACACAGACAGAACGAGGAGCCACUCUUCUCCCAUGACGGAUACAAGUUCUUCUUCACCAGAGCUAUUCCUCAGGGUGGAAGGGGAAAGUUCUUCCAUAUCUCCAUGUCCACCUCCCAGCCCAACAGCAGCACAGACACUCUGCAGUCCCUGACAUCAGGCGACUGGGAUGUGACUCAGAUACUGGCCUACAGCCAAGAAAGGCAGCUCAUAUACUUUUUGAGCACAGAGGAUGAUCCAAAACGACGACACCUCUACAGUGCGGACACCAAUGGCCCAUUUAAUCGCUGCUGUCUGUCGUGUGAGUUCAAGUGUGGCUAUGUGGAUGGCUCCUUCAGCCACAACAUGCAGUACUUCCUGCUCAACUGUAAAGGCCCUGAUGUACCCAGUGUUGCCAUCUACAGUACCAAAGACAUACAGAAGGUCCUGGACCUGGAGACUAACGAGGGAGUGAAUAACACGUACCACAGCAUGCAGAUGCCCAAAGUGGAGUACGAGACCAUCACCAUAGACGAUUACACUCUGACAAUGCAGAUCCUGAAGCCAGCUGGUUUCAUAGACACAGCUCACUACCCCCUACUGCUACUAGUAGACGGAACACCUGGCGGACAGAUGGUGACAGAGCAGUUCCGUGUGGACUGGGCCACGGUGCUGGUGAGCAGUUACAGCACCAUUGUGAUCCGCUUCGAUGGCCACGGGUCCGGGUUCCAGGGCACCAAGCUCCUCCACCACAUUAGGAGGAAACUGGGUGUGAUCGAGGAGAGGGACCAGAUGGAGGCCCUCAGACUGAUAUCCAAAGAAAUGUACAUCGACAAAAGUCGAAUGGGAGUAUAUGGAAAGGUUUACGGAGGGUAUUUGGCCACAAUGCUUUUAAGUUCUGAUGACUCCCUGCUUAAAUGUGGAGCCGCCGUCUCGCCCAUCACAGAUUUUGAGUUAUACGCUUCAGCAUUUUCAGAGAGGUACCUUGGAUCACCAAAGACAGACUCUCGAAUAUACUCGAUGGCCAGUUUAGCACAUCGUGCAGGUCGUCUCAUGGACAGGAAGUACAUGAUUAUCCAUCCAACCGCUGAUGAGAAAGUCCAUUUCCAGCACUCUGCAAAAUUCAUCAACCAUUUAAUCAACGAGAAGGCAAAUUACUCUUUACAGAUCUACCCAGACGAGGGACACUUCCUGCAUAGCGAUGGCACUCGGCAACACCUGAGCCAAUCACUGGUCAACUUCUUUGAGGAGUGUUUCCGACUGCCGGACUUACCGAGCGAGGAAGAGAAGGACAAGGAGGAUGAGGGCGAUGGUUAAACCAGCUGACACAUGGUUAACGCUCUAGCCAGUUACUACAGCACAAUAUGCAACAAAUCUUUCUCAACUCAUUACCCAUAGCCUGUUUCCAGAUCUGUUUGUGCCGUCUUGCCAACUCAGCUAGUCAGCUAAUGAUCAUUUAGAGUUGGCAUUGGUGAAACAGAUCUAGGAUCAGGCUAACCUACUCCAUCCUCUGUAUAAUUUGGGCUUCUCUUUAGGGCACAUACCUGCAUGUACCAAUAACCUCACACCUCACCCUUUUCCUCUUCUUCAUCACUUCUGGUUGGCUGACAACUGGACUGGCCAGCAGACAUCAAAUUGUGCUGCUGUUUUUAUCCUCUUAGAUGUAAUGGCAAAAUGUAGAUUUUCUCCUAAAUAGAAAUACUCAAAGGUAACUACUAUUCAUGUGUAAUUACAUAGUUCUGACAUGCAAAAAUGUUGUAUAUUUGAAAAGAUGACAUCUGGGAGAUUAUCAGAAGAUAGGAGUUACAUAGUUCAGAAUACACAAGAUCAAGCACACACAAAAUCAUUUUUAUUUUAUUUUGAAAGUAAUCUUUCAUUGACAAGCUAUAAGUGAAUUAUUGAUGCCAAGAGCUGGAAACAUAUGAUGGCUUCCACAACAUGUGAACAAUAUCAGGAAAAAAAAUGGGAUUGAUAGACUUAACAACUAGAAAUGGCAGAUGUUUUAGUAAGUGGUGUCAGGUGUGGUCACAGAACGUUUCCAAGUGUCCCUAAACCUCUCCAAAGCGGCAUAUGUCUGUAAAUUAGAUAAUUCCAGUGCUAUUACAUAUUUGGAAUCCCUUAAUGUUAUUUGUUCAGUAUAAAACACACUUUCUACCAUAUCAACCUCACUCAAACAUUGUGAUGGUGUUAUUCAAGUGUCCUUUCAACCUCUCCAGUGUCCAAAUGUGGUAAUUGCACUGUUUUUGCACACUGGAUGUGCCCAAAAGUUAAUGUUCACUAUAAAAACGAAAUGUCUACAAAACCAACCUCUCUCAAACAUUUGCGGGGUGUCGGGACAUACAGGGGAUAUCCAAUGUGUUUUCAUCGUAUUUUUCAUGCGCAAAUAUAGUGACUCGAUGUUGCCAUUAAGUCAUAUGUCAUCAGAUACAUUUGGCAAUAGGCUAGAUUUGUUCCUACCAACCUAGAGAUUAAUGUCAUACCCCCAAUUUAGCUAUAGCUCAAACACAGAACCAAUCUAAGUUUACCUUUGCUGUUUGGUGAAAACGUUGUGUAAAAUCAACGGGGGUGGUGAUCAAUAACUGUAGGUCACAUGCAGACUAAUAAGACAUCCUCAUGAUAUGUGGUAUCCUGGUUUACGGUGUGAAUCAACGUAUUCCAUGUUGAUUUCGUUUAUGCCUCACAAGGCUAACCGGAAGGUAGGUAGCAGACAUCUUGAAACGAGGUCAUCGGCUCGGCCUGCCCUUAUGUCCAUAUAUGGCAGUAACUCACCAAAGCUUCUAAGGCACAGAUCAACAGCGAAGAUACUCCGCUUUCCGCAGACACCCUGCUUUUGCAAAUAGUGGCUACGGUUCUCAUACCAGACUGAACUGAAAAAUGAAAUAGGGUCCCCAAAUAAUGGGUACUUUACAUUUAAGAGGUUAACACCGGAAUCACAGAAACCAUCAGAAACGUUCUGGUGGUUGGUGAAUUAUGUAAUUUGACUAUGGUACCAAAAACAGGUACUACCCCUGUCCUCCAUCUUUACUGCAUUGGAAUUGAUUAGCCAUAACAUUCGUAGGGGAACUUUUGUGCUAAAGACGUGUGUGGGGGAGAGGAGAUGCAACCCACAGGCGGUGGGUUAGCAGUGCUCUAAGUUCUUUUUCUGGACCAAAUAAACUGGUCACUGAAGGAGACCAGUAAACCCACCUGUGGAUAUCAGAUGCUGUAGUGAAACACCCCAACGGCAUCCGUGUAGGGAUCCAGCACAAAAUAUCCCAUAUUCCCUUCCCAAAUAUCAUGGCUAAUCAAUUCCAAUGCAGUAAAGAUGGAGGGAACAUACAGGAGCUACCCAUUGUUGGUACCAUCAUUAUAAAUGACAAUUCACCAACAACUUUCUGAGGAUUGUAUCCAUGAUACUAAAACAGCAGUAGCAGUUAUUUCUCUUAAUUGGGGUUUGUAAUCUUCAGUAUGGCUUUGAAUUGAUGUACGUUGGUACGGUGGUUACAUUUGGACCUCCUUUCCAAAUGAGGACACAAUGUUUGAGACUACAUGUUUGUUAAACUAUUUUGACCUCUUUUGGGAUUAUUACAUUCAUUUGGAAUGGAGCUCUAGUGUUGUGUUAGUCACUGUGCCUUACUACUAGGGGUUAACCAAGGUAUUCAUGUCAGGGACUAUAAACCCUUCAAUGGAAACACUACUUUUCAUUUUUCAUGUAAGCAAGAUUGGUCAAAGCCAGCCGCCAGUUGUCCUUCCGCCAACAACUGCAGGCACAUGUGGAGCUCUAUAGUUAUAUAUAAACAAAUAUUGUACAACAUGACACGUAAUGACUUCAGUUGAAUCGUUACAAUCUGACCAGUCCGUAUGUAGGAACAUGUGAUUUUAUAACACCCAUUAUAUAUGUACUAUAACACAGUAAUGUUGUGCUUGUAUAAAAUAGACACCUGAACAUGUUCUGGCUUUUGUAACUACAAAAGGUUCUUGAGGCACAUUGUGUAUCUUUUCUAAUUUGGCAAGUUACAAUGUUUGGUUAUUUGUUAAACAGCUUGAAUGUCCGUCGAGAUGUCAUUUCUGUUAGUAUUGUCAGUGAAAGUUUCUAGUCAGCUGAUGUACAAAAUGUAUAAAUCUUACAUUGUUGAAAAGUCCUGAACUAUGUGUGUGCGACUUGUACAUAAAGCAUUUUCAAAUUUA